AUGGCAGCCAAUUCGGCUCUGCGGGACGAAAAUGAGGCACUGGCAAGCCUCAUGAGCGAGGUUCACAGCCUAGCAGACCAAUGGCAAGAGGUUUGGUCUCGUGCGAAGCUGGAGGGCAAGGAGACCGUUGCAGCGGAGCUACAGGAGCUCCGGAAGCAGCGGGAAGCCCUCUCACAGCGGCUGAAGGCCCUGGAAAAGGGCAAGAGGCCGGCAGAGGAAGCAGCGAAGCCAAGAUCAGAAUCCCCGAGCCGAAAGGAGCAGAAAGUCAAGCUGGAGUCUCUCAGCGAGGAGUCUCAAGUUCUUCAUUCGCAGAACAGGGAGCUCAAAGAGGCCAUUGCCCAAGCCCGUGCUGCGAUAGCGCGGAGACUG